AUGGAAAAAUCAACGACGGGAGCAACAAGCAUGCUCUAUCCAGCGCGUGCCGCCACUACAAAUCAGUGUCCAGCUUUUUUCGCGCAUCCAUAUGCUUGGACAAUUCACGUUGCUGAACUGUUGAUUGCGGUACUUUCGCUGGUACUCAAUACCUGCGCAACAGUAUUUGCUCACGACGCGGUGCCGAUAUCCAUUGCACAACGACGAGUUUUGGUAAACAGAGCUUUGGAAUGCAUUAAAUUUGAAGGCAAAAUUAUUACCAAAUUCUAA